UGAUACUGAAAAGAAGAAGAGAAGGAAUUCGAAGAAGAAAUCCUUACACUUACACAGAUUCAAACAUGGUAGAAGAAGAAGAAGAAGAUUUCAUAGAAGAAGAUUUUGAUUCAGGAGAAAAUGAAGAUGAUGAUAGAAGUAAUUCAUGUUCACAAGGUCAUCGAUCAUCACUACGAAUUGAAACGAAACAAGGAGGAAGUAUAUGUAUAUUAUGUUUUGUUAACCUAAUUUCAAACCCUGAUUCACCAAUUAUUCACAUGUCUUACGCACUUUCACAACUAUCUCAAGCUAUUUCAUCGUCGACUGUUUUCUUAAAUAAACUUCUUUCUUUUCAUAUUCAUCUAAUUAUUAAUCCGCUCACAUCUGUUUUAUCUAAUUUUGAUGAUGAACCUGUUGCGAAUCAAACUAUUGAUUUGAUUUCGAUUCUAUGUAAAUCUGAUUAUUCAUCUGUUUCUCGUGAAUUUAUUGUCAGGAUCUCUGAUUUUCUCUCUUCUGGUUCGUUAGCUUGGAGUCGUCGUCAGAUCUACAUGCUACACUGUUUUGGGGUUCUCUUAAGUAAUGAGAAAAAUGAUCUUUCAGUCCACAUCAAAGAUAGAGGAGCUCUCAUUUCUAACCUUGUCAAUGGUCUUCAGUUGCCAAGCGAAGAGAUUCGUGGAGAAAUCCUGUUUGUUUUGUUCAAAGUAUUUUUAUUACAAGCUGGAGAUGAUCCAGAGGAUUUACUUAUCUACUGCCCCAAACUCUUGAGUUUAUCACUGGAAGCACUCAUGAAGACUCAAAGUGAUGAAGUACGUACAAACUGUAUAGCGCUGCUGACAGUAUUAGCUCAAAGGGGGUACUUCGAGAGCACGUUUGCAAACGACAACACUUGGAGGAGUUCUGGAGAAGAAGAUAACUUCAUGCAAGCAACAGGACCUACGACAGAUUAUAAUACUAUGACGAACUUGUUUGCUGAAGCCAUAAAAGGCCCACUUCUUUCUUCCGACACGCAAGUCCAGAUUGGCACACUAGACUUGAUUUUUCAUUGCUUAUCAAGGGAAGGCCACAACACCAGUGGUGCAGCAAUCCUGGUAGAAGAAAACAUUGCCGAUUACGUGUUCGAAAUACUCAGAUUAUCAGGGUACAAAGAUCCAGCAGUCAUUUCUUGCCUCAGGGUUCUAGGUCUUCUAUCAGUGGCUGAGAAUCAAUUCAACCAAAGGCUUGUUAUCGGGUUUUCAACUCUGGUUCCUGUUUUGCAUUAUGUGUCUGAAGUGCCUUUUCAUCCAGUCCAAUCUCAUACAUUGAAGCUUAUUUGGACUUGUAUCUCGAACAGUCCAGGAACAGUCUCAAGUUCUCAACUUGAAGAGCUGGCUUUGCUCCUGACAGGUAUGUUCAAGAGACAUACCAAUGGUGAUAUGGGCAUGCUUCCAGAGACCUUCACGUUGGCUUGCUCAAUCUUUGGGUCUAUCCUGCAAUGUCCAUCUUCUGAAGGAAUUACAACUCUCCUAGCGACAGCCAAAGAAGCCACUAGAAAUGCAAUCUUAUCCUGUCUUUGUGAACACCAGAAACAUCCUAACCAUCUUCUUUUGUAUGCUUUAUAUCUGUUGAACGAAACUCACGCAUACAGUAGUGAAGAGAGAGAUGAUGUGUCGAACUCUGCAGAGUCAAUGAGCUGUACCAUAGACUUAUGUGAGAACCAUCUAUUACCUUGGCUGCGAAGAGUUUUAGAUGAUAUGGAGGAGGAAGACGCCAUUUUAGGAAUACUAGAAACUUUUCACAUAAUAUUGCUUCAGGGAUCUGAUCAGCAAGCUAGGAAGUUCACCGAAGUUUUGGCUUCAUCAGCUUGGUUUAGCUUGUCCUAUGGUUGCAUGGGGUUAUUUCCAACAGAAAAGAUGAAAUGCAGAGUAUAUCUGAUACUCAGUUCAGUAGUCGAUUGGGCUUUAGGGGAUGAAUCUGGCCAACCCAUCAGAGAUGCAGCUCCACACCUCCCAUCAGAUCCCCAUGACUUGCUUUUUCUGCUCGGGCAGAAGAGUGGCCAUGAUUUAGACUUGCUUUCCUGCCAAUCUGCAGUUCUUCUAAUAUUAUAUACCGCCUCUUUAUAUGAUGAGAGACUUGCAGAUGAAAAGCAGGUACUGGCUUCUUUGGAGCAAUAUAUUCUUGUCAACCAAAGCAAUUUUCUCUCCGGGGUUGUCAAUUCAACGAUAUGGAUCCAAUUCAUAAACUUAUAUGCACUAUAUAGGGGUAAAGCUAAAACGAGUUACCAGAUUCCAUACAGUCCAGAGGCUGAAAAGCUCGUGUUCUAUCUAAUAGACAAAGAGUGGGAUCUGCUUUCUUCAAAAAUUCAUCCAGUGGCAGUAAAAUGGUUGUUUCAACAAGAAAAAGUCACUGCACCUAUGCUUAGUCAGAUCUUGAAUUUCAGCAGAUUAACCUGGCCAUAUGGUGCCCACAUAACUGUACCUGGCAACCAGAAUGGGAAAGUAGAUGUGAAAUUUUUUGCAGACUUGGUUGCAGCAGAAGACAACUUCGCAGCAAGACUGCUAGUUUCUUUGUUGACGCAGCUGCAAAAGGAAGAAUGUCAAGUAGAGAACACCACAUCAGUACUGAAUCUCAUGGUACUAAUCAUAAACAUCUCCCCAGAUGCCUCAGAUCAAUUGUGCGUGCAUGGAAUUGGACAUGCACUCCACAGUUUGUGUUGCAUCUCAAGUUACAAUUCUUCACACGAGAUCUUCUUCACUUGCGCACUUCUGAUCUUCAACAUUCUACGCUCAGUAAAACCUGAACUACUCUCAGACCACGAAAUUUGGCUUCUGCUUACCACGAAGUUGCUGGAAGUCUUAAUCCCAACAUUGGCAGAAGGUACCUGUAAACAAGAAGGGCUCCUAGUGAUAGGAAUUCUUUCUCUAGUCCUUCACCUCUCCGCCACGGAAGCAUUCAAAGAAGCUUCGCUUGCCAUACUUGUCAAUACACCCUUGAUCUCUGCAGUCGAUAAUAUCAUCCACACAGCCUGCUCGAAAGGUCCAGCUCUAGUUGACCAUGAUGAGAGUACAGGGAUUGGGGAGACUCUAAUAUUUGUGCUUCUAUUGUAUUUGUGCUCUUUGAAAAGUAUGCAUGCUCUCCCUGCAGGGACUCUUGGCUGGAAAAGUAAUCUCGAGCCUUCUGGUGCAGCAAAGCCACUUCAUAUGAUCUGCAUCCAGUGCCAUGAUUUAUGCAGGCUACUACAUUUUGGUACUCCGUUGGUGAAGUUACUUGCUUCAAAUUGCUUGUUGGAACUGUUGAGCAGAAUUUCAGAUCAGAGAAGUAAAACAUGUGAUGAGUUAAAUUGCUCCAAUAAAUACCUAAAAUCUGUCAUGGCUGUUCUGGAAGGCUUGGUGUUCGACAACGACGUAGGAGUAGCUAUAAAUUGUGGACUUUGUUUGUCAACAAUCUUGGGAUGGGAGAAACCAAGACUGAUUGAAGAUAGCAAAUGGUGCAGGCUGAUUGUGGAAGAACUGGCUUUGACAUUGGCAGCUCCAAGUUUGGCGUCAAAACUGUUCACAAAUCAACACAAGGCUGCAAGCCAUGUAGCAAUUGCAUUGCUAAGACUAGACCCCGUGCCUCGUUGGAUGAGAUCUGUAGUCAAUUGUUCUUGCAUUUCUGGUAUAGUUAAAAACCUUUCAGCUAAUAAUGUCACAGAAGAAAUGGUUCGAUUAUUCCGAGCACUGUUGAUCUCAGAUUACCUGAAGACAGAGCAGAUAGAUGGUCUCAAUAACGUAUUCCAGGCUUGCAGGCAACACGAGUACACACAGUGUUCUGAGGAGAUUGUUACAGAAAAUCAUUUUGAGAUGGUAGUUGCUGUCCCAGAUGACCUAGACAAAGUACGCCGGCUGCUAAUCAGAUUGAUUUCCUCCGGCUCAUCAACAAGUGAGAUCUCCAGGGGAGUCCAAUCUAGGAAUAGAAGAUUGUUGGACGAAAUAGAACUGUUUUUCCAGGAUGCAUCUCAAAGAGAAUAACAGUGAGCACAGACAGUGUAAUAGAUAUAAUUUAUCACUUGUAUAUCAGUAUAUGGUUCCUCACAAUAUUGAGUCAGAUCUCACAAACGAUCAGUUCAAACCCAAACCUACCACGAUAACGUCUCAAAUAAACAUUGUUAUGACU